AUGGGCCUUCAGCAACAGAUUGUGCGUCUGGGGCGCGCACUGCAACAGCAGCAAUCGGUAGGCCCUGUUGCGCCCGUCCCUAGCGAUGUUGGUCAGGGGCAACAUGGGAAUAGCGGCCACGAGAACUUGGCUCAACCAGCUUUACUAGAUCAACACAUUGAGCACGAGCAUGAUGAUACCCUCGAUACCGCAAUUGGUGCUUCGAUCGACCAUGAGCGCACUGUAGAUCAAGGCUCUAGCAUGCUGACCAACCCACUCGCUGCAUCUCCGUCGACGUUUCUGUCCGCAUCGAAUGGAAGAACGUUCUAUCUUGGAACGUCAUCAAACUGGUCUUUCACCGGGCGCAUACUGCACAUGACACAUGAGCAUCUGUUCCAGACGCCGCUGCCGGCUAAUUCCAUUCUAUUUGACGGAACCGCCUACGAUCUGGGCUGGGGCGGGACUAGGAUGCCUUCCGAACGCAGCCCUGCUCCUCCCGUCAUGCCCAGUCUCGACUACGCCAUAUAUCUGUUGAACGCCGUCAAGUUCCGUUGCGGGCAGAUAUUCCACCUCUUUGAUGAAGACGACUUCAAAAUCCGGCUGCAUGAUUUCUAUGCAGAGCCUGAGAGGCGUAUAGAGAAGGCUGGACUGUGGUAUAUACAGUUUCUUUUGAUUCUAGCUCUUGGAAAGGCCCUUCUUUACAAAUCUUCAGGCAAGCGACCAGCAGGCGUCGAGUUCUUUGCCAGAGCCAUGCAGCUUCUUCCUGAUGUCACAUCCCUCUGCCAAGAUCCUGUCCUGUCUACUGAAAUCCUUUGCGCUAUUGCGCUUUAUCUUCAGUCUGUUGACUAUCGGAAUUCCGCUGACAUAGUUAUUGGACAAGCUAUGCGCAUGGCUUUUGGCUACGGCAUGCAUACGGAUAUGCCAGUUCACCAUCUCGGGGAGGCCCUCGUGCAGCGCUGCCGCAAGGUUUGGUGGACAGUUCACAUCUUGGACCGGCAAAUAACCUCUUUGAUGGGUAACCCACAGUCUAUCAGAGACGAAGCCAUCCACUGCAGCCUCCCUGUAUUCUCUGGAUCACCUCACCGAACUUCUGCAUUGGAUAUUCACAUAAAGCUGGUUCGCAUAAUUGCUUAUAUCAAUAACAACAUUUAUGGGGUCAAUGGCAGGCUGAACGAAAAGUUCCUCAUGAGUACCAAAACUGCUUUGGGGGACAUCGCCGGCCUAGCCGACCAACUCAAACAGGUGCAGCCAUUACAGCUUGAUGAGCCCGAGAAUGGGGCAUCGAGGAUGUCUGCCUCUCUGCAUCUUCUAUAUCACCAGUGCAUUGUCCUUGGGAUCCGUCCCAUCAUUUUCUGCUGUUUGAAGAUCCGGUACGAGGCCGAAGUAGACUUGGGGCAUCUUAUUACGUCCCAGAAGGUCCAGAGUCUACUGAAAAUAUGCGUCGAGUCGGCUUUGCAGAUCCUGAACAUACUCGAGAAUUUGCAAGCCCAGGGCCUGCUGGUCAUGCCGGUUAUAGAAGAUCGGUUCUGGGACCACCGCCCCUCGUGGUUCCGACGCUCGAUUGCGCUUAUCGAUGAAAUGGUCACAGCGGGAAACCUUGUUGCCAGCCACCGAAAAGCUGAUAUGCAGCUCUUGAAUGAAUUGGUAGCGUGCUUGUCGCCUGCGGAAUCUCGGACCGCGACGUGUGCAGAGGCGACUUCUCGGGACUCCACUGACCACGUUCCAAACCGUUUGCAUCCAUCGACUCAAGGAUCUGGGGUUUCUGAGUUUUUGUCACAGGCCAGUGAAUCUGCUUGUCCCGAGAUAUCACUUCCACAGCAAGAUGUUGUUGGUAUGAAUGUAUUUGGAGAUGAGUUCACAGCGGAGCAGAUCCUAGCCCUGGUAGAUUCCCUGGAAAAUCAGGAUGCUGAGUGGAUGGCUCGUGCAAUGCACGAAGAUACAAUCUAA